AUGAUCUAUUUCGUAUUCAUUAUUUGUGGGCUCGUGAUUCUAGCACAAAGCGUCGAAAUCGUAUUCGAAAGCUUCGAACAGAUUUCAGGAUACGAAUUGUUUGAAACAACGCUAAGAGUGCGAAAGUACAAUCGCACCACAAAUGUCAUGAACGGAACGACCGAUUUAAAGUACGAGGUCAACGAUACGUUGGUGACUUCCACGGAUCUGUGGUACAGCAGCCUCGGAAAUCAACAGUUCAAUCACUACCCCAUGAAACUACCAACUGCCGGAGCCUGUUCUUUCAUCAAAUCGCUUCGCAAAAUGUACGAAAAGUAA